AUGACAAUGGAUACAAAACAAAGCGAGAUUGUAUCUCAGAGUGAUAUAUGGGCAGCCACCUUUGCAGACGAAAGUCAGGUCGUAGGAGGAUAUGACAACGGUGAAAUUCGUCGAUGGAAGAUUAAAGACGGACAGCAACAGGGUCCAACCAUGCAAGCCAUUAGUGCUGUUCAUUCCAUUGUCGUUUCCCAAGAUGGCCACUGGAUGGUGACUGGUACUGGAGACGGCAGCCACAGGACAAUCGUCUGGAAUGCAAUCACUCAUGAAAAAGUGCACGAGUUCACAGAACACCACGGUUGGGUAACUGCGCUCGAUAUCUCGCACGACUCUACUAUAUUUGCGACUGCGGACUACUUCAACGCUCAGAUAUUCAGCAUCACUUCCGGUAUCCGUCUCCUGCCUCCCCUCCCACAUCAUUCGAUUGCGGGUAUCAAGUUCUCCCCAGAUGCCAGCCGAUUUGCUACCUCCUCGUGUUAUGAUGGUUUCCGCGUCUACAGCACCCACAAUGGCAGUAUCUUGUUCGAUUCAGGUACUCAGGGUUCAACCGGUCCAUGGUCAAGAACUCCGUUGGUCUGGUCGUCUGAUGGCGAGCAGCUGUUGAUUGCGAGCGUAGGCAAAAUCACCCGCUUCGACCUAUCGACGUCAUCGUCUUCAGAAUGGUUGAUCCAUGAAAACCAAUCUCCUGCAUAUAUAGCAUCCAACGGCAGAUUUAUUGCAUGUGCCGCAGGCCCAUCAGUUUCACUGUGGGAUUUUGUGUCUCACAAGCAGAUUAGCAGCAUUAUCACACACACCUCGCAGAUCAAAUCCGUCGCUCUCUCACCGAGUGGGGCGUAUCUCGCAUGUGGAAAUGGUAGGAAUAUCACAGUUCACAAUCUCAGAGAUGUCCUUUCCCUCAGAUAUUUUGACCAUGGUCUUCCGCUUGUACAAGUGAGUGAUAGGACCCUCAAGUCAUGGACACAGGACGACCCGACGAACACCGAAAGGCUGCUCUCAGAGGAGCUCAAUAGUGCUUCAAUCCCUAGACACUACGUGCUAGCAAACCGCGCUCUUAUAAGAGCACAUCUAAAACAUUCGAUACCUGCGAUAGAGGAUGCGAGGGAGUCCCUCCGGGUUCAACCAUCGCCUAUUGGCCACAUCGCGAUGGCGGUUGCUCUACUUGGCCAGGGCGACAGAGAGGGUGCGCUAUGGAUAUUUGACUUUGCCUCUCAUGAUUGUGAGCCGCAUGGUAUCAGAUUUCUUUUACUACUGAAGGUCCUUGGAGUUAUGUACAUGAAGAAGGGGGAUUAUGGACGUGCAAUACCGUUGAUCGAGCGUGCGAAGAACCUCGCCCCCGAGGACAAACAAUGUCCUCCGCUAGUAACGAUCUCGCUAAUAUUCAGGUGGAGUUUCGAUGAUCCGGACAUCGUUUCUCAGCAAUGUCUAUGUGAGACCCUCUAUGCUGAGGGACGUGCAGCCGAAGCUGUGGAAAUCCUCCUCUACAUUGUCAAGACAUCAAACAAUGAGAUCCAGGCGAGCAAGGCAACUGUUGCUUGGGUCGCAGAUUUUACCAAGAAAUGCAUUGCAGCACUUGAGCAUGUUGGCAAUGAAGCCUUCGGAUUUACAGAACAUGAUAAUGCAAUAACACAAAACUCUGCAGUGUUGCCUCCAAGCCUUGCAGCUCUGUUUAUCAAGCGGAGCAGAGCUCGAGCGGGAAAGGGGUUGUGGGAGGAUGCACUGCGGGAUGCAAAUGAGGCAGUGAAAGCGGACCCCUCCAGCCCUUGGGGCUAUGAGGCCAAGCAUGUGGCACUUCAUGGAGCAAAACGGUACGACGAAGCGAUUGAUGCUUCCAAGUCUAUGCUGCAAGUGAUUGAACAGUCCCAUGACCCUGCAAUCAGGCAAUUGCGGAAGAACUAUGUUUCUCCAUCCGAGACGAUUGCAGCUAUUGAUCCUGUUAUCCAUGGCAUUCUUAAAAAUUGUCCCCUCGUCGUCAUCGAUCUUACCACUGGUCGCCUCUGUGAUGGUCAUGAGCGGUUGCAUAUAUUCAAGGCUGAUCCAAUGUUUAAAGAGCUUGUUUCGUCCACGACGAAAGAAGUGGACAACGAGCGGAUCCUACGACUGGUUGCAAGGUUUUUCGGAUAUGCUAUGUUCUCGCAUGCGUGGCAGGGAAACGAGCCGUCAUUCCAGGACGUCAACAGAGUUGACUCCAAGUCUGUGUGGGACCUUCCCGAUACGCCCCUGAAUAACAAGCUGCGCAAUUUCUGCAAGGAGGCACGCAGACUUGGUUACAACUGGGCAUGGUCGGAUACGUGUUGUAUCGACAAGACCACGGGACCCAUCCUUAAUCAAUCUCUCAGCAUCCAUGUACCAAUGCCUGGGGACCUUAGGCGUAGUUUCUGGAUGACACGAGCCUGGACUUUGCAAGAACUUCUCUCCCCGAAGGCCAUCAUUUUCUAUGACUCUGAAUGGAAACCAUACCUUGGCGAUAUUGUUGCGAACCACAAGGAAUCUCCGGGGAUCAUGCAAGAACUAGCAGAUGCUAUCCAGAUCCCCCAUGGAACUAUUAUCAAGUUCUCUCCAGACGAUCUCGGAGUGCGCGAGAAACUUCGUCUCGCUUCGACCCGCAAUGCGACAGUCGAGGAAGACGUCGCGUAUUCCCUCAUCGGCAUAUUCAAGUCCGAUAUCAGGCCUCAGUACGGAGAGAGAGUUGACGCUCUCGGGCAUCUCCUGGAGGAAAUCGUGGCUCGCACUAGCGAAGUCACCGUGCUUGCAUGGUCAGGGCAGUCAUCGUCAUACAACAGUUGUCUCCCGGCUUCCAUUUCCGUUUACAGCCAAACUCCCUACAACCCUCCAUCACUCGAAGGGGAAGAAAUGGAAACGUGCAUGACGAAAUUACGUGGCAAGUUGUCUCAAGAAAACACCCUGAGCAUUUGUCAUCAGAUCAAGUUUCUUCCACCUGCCCGUUUUUGGAGUCGACGUUUACAUCUCCCAUGCAUCGUCUUCCCUGUCAGGAAACUCAGUAUACAGGGGCUGCGUAGAGGCAAUGAGAAGCUGUAUCGUGCCAGGGUGUCGGGUCUUGGAAAUGUGGAGUUCACGACCGCAGGCGAUCUCCCGUUCAACGAGCCACAGAAAUUUGUCUUCGCACAUCCGUGGAUUCGCCAUAUUCGAGGUCCGAGUAGUGGGAUUGCCUGGGGAGGCUCGGAGUUUGAUCCUGAGUCGGAUUUGGAUGGUGACGCUGGAUCGGAUGAAGAUGCGCCCCCUUCGCCAUUACAUGCUGGUUCCGUGCCACAUGUUAGCGACUAUACCCUGGCACUACAGAUGAUUGCUCGCCUCGGGCAACCGUUCAGCGCACUGCUUCUCGUACAGCAGCCGAAUGGAGAGUACAAGAGGGUCGCUGCAGAGAACGAGAUUAUCGUCUCGGGACUCGGAACCAAUAUCACUUCCAAGAACACUCUGGCGACAGUCUUGGAAAUCCUUUGA